GGUACGAGUACCUAGGUACCUACCUAGUCCAAGGCAGAUUUGAGACGCGCAAGAAUUGGAAAGCACGAAUAAUUCGUAACCUUCUUUUCAUUUCAUUUACUUACUAUUUAUAUUAUCCAUUCCAAAUGAUUGCUUACUAAAUGUUACUUUGCCUCCUCACGAUAAACUUAAACUCAAACUUUGGCCAUUUGGUUAUUCCACUUUCUUCCUCCUCCUCUUCUUCUUCCUCAUCCGAUUUUCUAUCAAACAAAGCGAUUAAACCAAAUCAUAAUAAGAAUAAAAAAGAAUAACACAAUCAACACACCUCCUGGAGCUACCGUCAAAAAUGGCAUCAUCCACAGAAGCAAGAGAACUAGAACUCGUAGGGAAAGUCGAAAUGCGCAUUGCGUUGGCUAAAGAUGAUAAGCUCGAAUCGAUGCUGAAAACAUAUUUGUCGCCACUGUUGCUGAAAUUGGCGAGUGAGCAUUUGAGUGUUAGGAAUAAGGUGUGUACAUGUGGUUUUUUUUUAUGUGUGUGGUUUUUUGGGUUUUAUUGGAGGGUUUGUGGACUUGGGGAGGAAAGGGGAGGUAUAGGUGGGAUGGCGGGAAGUGGGAAGAGGAGGGGAGGGAAGAAGAAAGGAGGGGUUUAUGUUGUUAUUUUUGUUGGACUUGACAUGCAGUUCCAAGGAGUCUGUUUUCAUGGUAGUGGUUUGUAUGGACGGGGAAGGAGGGGAAAGACUUUCACUUCAAUGUCCCUAUAUCUCAUCUCCAUAUAUCUCAUCUCCAAAUCAUCUCUUUCCAUGGUAGUGGCCUGGACUGAGAAGGGCGAUCGCUAGAAUGGGUUAACGAGAGAGGAGGGUUUUCAUGUCAACUUCCUUAUUUAUAUUUUGUUUUCUCUCAUACCCAAAUGUUCUGCCUUCACGGCAGUGGCCCCAGAGGGCCAGCGGAGCGUCAUUUAUUUUCCUUAGUUUUUGUGUAGAUAAAUUCUCUAUAGCUGACACAUUGCCGAUGAAACUAAUUAUUGGGAAUAUUUGCUGAUUUGCUCAUCAUAGGUUAUAUCAACAUGUCAACAUAUCAAAAUUCGCCUUGCUGGCAACAAGUUAGUGGUUCCUGCUUAAUCGUUUUGACCAUUCACUAAUUAACUCUUAGGGAUAUUGUUUUGCCAGUGGCAGCUCUCUUAAAACAAUAUAAAGAACAUCCAGAGUCAUCAAUGUUACGGCAUUUUGAUCUUAUGUUCAUUCAACAAAGUGUAGGCAAAUUGUCUUCUAAGGUGCGUACCAAUCCAUCACAUUUUUGCGGGGUGACCAAUCUAAUCUCUAUCCAGGAACAAAUGGACUUAAUACCUACAUUAAUACAUGGUUUGGCUCAAGAUUCUGAAAAGCCAACUUGUGCUACCAUAUUUAAUUUGUUUCUUCGUCUGUUACCGCAACUGAAAGUACCUUCUCGUGGUAGUAAAGAAGAUACGGAAUUGAGGCACCAGCUAGGUCUUGAUGAACAUCAAGAAGACUCAAAAUUUAUAGCAUCGUGGUUUGGGAAACUUGUACUACUCUCAGUUGUACGAGCAGCGCCAUCUGGAGUGACGUGUCCGGGACUUACGGUUAAAGAGUACGAAUUUUUGACGCUUAAUGGAAAACAAGAAGCAUGGGAUCCAAGCUCAGAUGAAGGUUUGAAUCUUACACAAACAAAAAUCACAGUUCUAAAUUUCCUCGCCUCUGGUGCUUUCACAGAUGAAGAGCGAUUCUUACCUGCGUUGUUUGCAUCUGCCGACACCAACUCUCGGAUUUCGAGCAUUGGUGACGACCUAGUGAAGCGUUCAAGCGUUUCAUUGGAGGAUACUGACAUGGUACGCAAUUUGCUUGGUAUCUAUUUCACUCUCAGACCGGCGUUAAAGACGAGAGUGCUUGUACUCUUAACAAAAUCCGCUAUUUCAACUACUUUUCCUAUUGACAUUGUCAAAAUUGUGCAAGAUGGAAUUCAACCUGAUGACAACACAAAUCUCCCUGCGCCAGGUUUAGAGUCUAUUAAAUUUCGAAAUGCAUUGUUCAACUAUAUGAAUUGGGCAUCUCGCAUGGGAUCGGUUCAUGAUCUAAGUCAAGUCGCACCACAGCUUGUUGGAUUUUUGAGAACUUAUAUAGAAGAUCAAGGCUGGCCGGUGCCUCACGAGAGAUCCUCUGAUGCAGCUUCAUUACGCGCUUUAGCUUAUGAAACUCUUGGUUCACUUGCUAAAACUACACCUUCAAUCGUUGUUGAGGAGAAUCUUUCUCUGAUCCGUUGGCUAUUUCGAUCACUCACAGAAGAAGGAUCAUCCGAUGAUAUCUUUGUGAGCAUAGAAGGAGCACUAGCGAGUUUGUUGAGUGCGUUCAAGUCGCCUUUAUCUUCAAAUCUCCGAGAUGAACUCAGAUUGCUGCUUCUCAAGUACAUGACACUCAAAGAAGAGGGCGAGAUUGUCAGAAGUGCUCGUUUUGCAACUGUUCGUUGGGCAAAUCGAUGCUUGGAGUAUAGUGAUAUUGUGGCUCGCUGGAUAGAUAUUCUCGCUCUUAGUGCACGCACAGAUGAGCGAAGCGAUGUUGUAGAGGAAGGCGCAAAAGGUUUGGUGAGCUUUUUUUCUAUACGUAUUUCGAUGGUCUGAAUAGCCGGUCGACGAUUAGAUACUCUCCGUUAUUAGCCUCAUUUUAUGUACGGAAAUUCUUGGUAUAAUCGAGCUACCCUCAAUUGAGGUCUUAGAAGCAUUCUUCUUUGGCUACUCCGAAUUAUUGGAAACCCUGUACUUAGAAGUCAAACUAAUAUCAUCUAGGACCCAUACUGGUAUCGACUUCUCAAUUCCACCGGCGCCUCGGUCGAAUGUCCGCUUCCUGAAUGGAGCGAGAUGAUUAAAGUCUUUUUUGGUACCCAGGCCUUGGUUGAGAAUUCCAAUAUCGCUAAUGCUAUGAAAACUGGUAUGCAAGUUGACAGCGUGUCUGUGUUUGGCAAUUUCUCCGGGACAAGGAUAAAUGCUUUCCCAGCAGCCAUAAACUAUAGUAGGAGAAUAUUAUUACUACGUGCUUUGGAGAAGACCGACACACCUCUUGGAAUCGAUGCAGAUUGGGAACGCCAAUUAGACGUGCUUUUUCGCUCUGAUAAGGGUUCAAGAAAAGCCAUGAAAGACCACAUUAUGACUGUUGAUCAGGACGCAUUACACACAUAUCUGUCGGCAGCUUUUGAGGGUAUGCUACGCAAUGAUGGAAACGGAUUAGGAGAAUGUGGCAAAUGUUUCGUAGAAAUCGCUUCAAUCGCGCCAAGUAAUGUUAUAGGUCGACUGGCAGACAGAGCUAUUGAGCUCUUACCGUCCAUUAGAUCUAACAAUGUUGCAACUCGAUUCCUGGCAGCUCAGGCUAUUGGUAUUCUUGCACCUCAUCCAGAUAGAGAUGAGGAAUCUCUCAAGAAGCUUACUGGGACAUUCAUGACGGACGUGGAGCCUUGGUCAACGGCUGUAGGUGCUGAUGCUAAUAAAGUACAUGGAUCGAUUCUUGCACUCGGCUAUGUGUUGAGUAGGGCAUCGUAUUACGGUCGUGAUAACUUUGUUGAGGGAGAUAUUGUUAGAGGAGUCCUCGCACAACUUCUUUCCAUAAUUGAAGGUGUCAGGGAUGCAUCAACAAGAGAAGCCGUGCUGAACGCCAUUGGCCAGACGAGUGCAUCUGCAGUUUUGACAACUGAUAUCAUAGAGAAGUCAUCACUCAAGGUCGACGGGCUUAUUAAACUUCUGCUUGCUGAAGCUAAAAAGGGGAAUGAAAAGGCAAUGUCAACUCUAGGUAGACUUUCCAUCAUAUUUGAUGAGCCCGCAACUUCUGCAGAAGAUGGUCCGCUUCAUACCAUUAUUAACGGUCUUUAUGACCUGUAUGAGCUGAAGCAACCUGAAAUUCACUUCACUAUAGGUGAAGCUCUUAGUUGCGUCGGUUCUUGUUGGGAAUCAGAUGUCUUACAGAUCAGCCUGGACGUUGAUGCUAAAUAUGAUGGACGCUCUAAACGAUCGCAUAUUUUCGAAAAGAUCCUUGAAAAGCUUUUACAGGACUGUAAGACCACAAAACCGUCACUUAAAAAGGCAUCUGGUAUAUGGCUCUUCUGCUUGAUUCAAUACAGUGGACAUUUGGAGCAAAUACAAGCCCGACUACGAGAGUGUCAAGCUGCGUUUAUGGGUUUGCUCUCAGCAAGAGAAGAAAUCGUACAAGAGACUGCUUCUCGAGGUUUGAGUCUUGUUUAUGAACAAGGUGAUAAAGAACUUAGAGAGAGACUUGUUAAGGAUCUUGUGGCAAGCUUUACGGGCACAAGCACUCAGAUUAAAGUUCAUGAAGAAACUGAACUAUUUGAACCUGGUGCGCUUCCUACUGGGGAGGGUAAAUCUAUUACCUCUUAUAAGGAUAUUGUAAGCCUCGCCAACGAGGUUGGCGAUCAAAGUUUGGUCUAUAAAUUUAUGUCGCUCGCUACAAAUGCGGCUACCUGGUCUACUCGAGCAGCAUUUGGCCGGUAAGUAAUUGGUUAUUUAGCGUCACAUUUCAGGAUUUCCAACUAUUCAACACCAAACCUAUCUCGAAAAAUUGCUGACCCUCUAAUUUUUACAGAUUUGGUUUAAGUAACAUUCUCUCCGAGUCCGAAAUCGAUCCUAAGCUAUACCCAAAAUUGUAUCGAUACCGAUUUGAUCCAAACCCCAACGUCCAGCGAUCCAUGAAUGAUAUCUGGAGUGCACUCGUCAAAGAUUCAAAUGCAACUGUCAAUGAACAUUUCGAUGAGAUCCUCACGGAUUUAUUAAAGAGCAUUCUAGGAAAGGAAUGGCGAACAAGAGAGGCAAGUUGUGCUGCUAUUGCUGAUCUUGUUCAAGGUAGAGAUUUUGAGAAGUAUGAGAAAUAUCUAAAUGAUAUUUGGCAUGUGGCCUUUAAGGUUCUGGAUGAUAUUAAGGGGUCGGUGAGGAAGGCAGCGUUGUCGCUUAGGUAUGUUGUGAUCUUUUUCGUAGUCGAGAUGUCUAACGAAGUUUGGAUGUUUUGUCUUUCAUAUUUCCUGUAUUCUCUUGCUUAUCUCCUCCCAUGGACUCUGACUCAAAGCCUUUGGUUUGAACCGGUGCUUUGACUUCUUUGCUUUACUCCACAAUCCUCCGACAUGCAUUUACUAACUCCUAUGUUCUAGUAUGGCUCUUACUGGCAUACUUGUCCGACAAGUAGAGGCAGGUACAUCUUCAAAGCAUGCGCAAGCAAUGCUAAAAGAUGUUUUACCAUUCUUACUUUCAGAUCAAGGUCUAGAAAGCUCCGCCGAAGAAGUCCGAACUUUCGCAACCAUUACCGUACUCAAACUUAUCAAGAGUGGCGGCAAAGCACUUCUUCCAUUCGUACCCAAUCUUGUCGAGCGACUAUUGGGUCUUUUGAGUACUAUGGAAAUGGAGGGUAUUGACUACAUAUACCUACGCGCCGCCCAUUACAAUCUCACGGAAGAGAAAAUUGACAGUGCCCGCACAAACGCUGUUACUCAAUCUCCUCUCAUGGAAGCUAUAGAACGUUGUCUUGACACAAUCGACGAACCAACCAUGAAAGAGUUUGUUCCUCACCUCGAAAACGUUAUCAAGACCACGGUUGGUAUGCCCUCCAAAGUCGGCUGCGGUGGUGUCCUUGUCAGUCUCGCGACUCGCCAUAGUGUCACUUUCCGUCCUCAUGCCGAUCACUUUCUAAAAAUCCUUGAAAAAUCUGUCCUUGAUCGUAACAAUGCUGUCAGCGCAUCUUAUGCUCGUGCAGCUGGCUAUGUCUCUCGACUGGCUUCGGAUAAAGCACUUCUCAGACUUCUCACUUAUUCUCAAGACCUUUACUUUAAUGCAGAAGAUGAAACUCGCCGUCAAGUGUCAUCUGAUUUGAUUUAUGCUGUGUCCAAAUUUGCGACCGAUCAUUUCAACUCCUUAGCAUCAGAUUUCCGUAAGUUUUAUCCGUCCUCUUGAUGGCUAGCCUUGUUUCAUAUUCUACGAUGGUUGAACAUCAAUCUAGUGAUAAACAUUACUGACUCUGUAUUUUACAGUUCCCUUUGUAUUCUUCGCUAAACACGAUUUUGAUGAUGCCACUAAGAAGCAAUUCGAGAAAACUUGGGAUGAAAAUGUUGGUGGAAGCAGAGCAGUCUUGUUAUAUACAAGAGAAAUUAAUGAGCUAGUACUCAAACAUAUUGAGUCACCCAAAUGGACCAUUAAGCACACAGCAGCUUUAACCAUUGCUGACGUUGUCAAAUCCACAACUUCUACCACAACCCCCAUGAUUCCUGCAGAAACUUCUGCACUCAUUUGGCCUCCUCUGGAAAAAGCUCUCGCGCUUAAAACUUUUGCUGGCAAGGAAAUCGUGCUAGAGAGUUUUACAAAAUUCGUAAAGGCUUCUACUGCAUUCCUAGAUGUCGAGUCCAGUAUUGCGGCUCAAACUAAGAAGAUUGCUGUCAGAGAAGCUAAACGCAACAAUGAUAUCUAUCGGCCAUUCGCCUUUACAGAAUUGGGAAAGUAUGCAGAAGCUAGAACCGACGUGGAUAUGUGGGAUGAGAUUCACAAUAUCGUUGCACCUACAUUGGAAGAAUUAAGUAGUGAAGAUCAUAUGGAUACAUCUACUUCGGCUUCUGACUCCAAAAAGAAAGAUGGAGCGAGCAAAGGAGGAGAAUCUACCGAAUCGGCAACAAUAAGUGCAGGUAUUGAAGCUCUAUUCCGAGGAAUCAAUAUAAAACAUCUCGAUCCAUCACCUCUUACUCAUCUUCCAAAACUCCUCGAAAGUAUCACUCCUCUUCUCAAAUCACCUCUCAUGACAAUUAGUACGCGUUCAACACUUUACGAACGUGUUAAAGUGUUAUUUGACGGGUUAAGAAAGAGAACGCAUGCGCAGAAGGAAAAGGAAAAUAAUUCUAAAAUGUGUGCGGGAUUUUUCAAGAUACUGGAAUUGGAUAGUGGAGCUGGUAGUGAAGGGAUUAGGAUUAAGAGGGGAGAAGCGGCGGAAAUGAUUGUGGAGGCGUGGAAGGGUGGAGUUUUUGGUAUGUGGAAGGAGGGGAGAGAGGAGGUGGGGAGUAGUAUGGUGAAACGCCUGGAUGGGGCGUUGGAGGGGGAAAGAAAUGAAAGUGUGAAGGUUGUUUUGAGGAGAGUGAGGAAGUUGUUGGAGGAGUAGGGGAGGGGAUGCUGUUGGUAUUGGUAUUUAGAGGAAUGGUGGGUGAUGUAGGUUCAGUGGAAGGGGAAAUAUGGGUAGGUAGUAAUGUAGAGAGUAAAUACAAUCGAUUCGAUUCUAUACUAUGGUAGGAAAAGAAUAUCUCAUUACAAUACUUGGUUAUAUAUAUCAGGAACUUGCGAAACGAAAUUCCUGCUAAAUUUGCCAAGAUGCACAACCUUCUUUUACAUGUAUAUUUUAUAUAUAAAAUAUA